AUGUCGGAGGACAAGGGCAAGGGUAUCUCGCUGCGGCGGAAGAAAACGACACGACCGACCAUCUCCGCACCCCGACAGCUCAGCCAACCUCGAGACCAGAGCGCGGACAGCCGACAGCAGUCGUUAUGGGAGACGCAAACCAAUGCCUCCGAGGACUCGAAGCUCACCGUGCCGAACUCGACAUCAAGGGAACGGGGCAGGCUGAAUCGAGAGAAUACCAGCGACCUGGUCAAACGACGCUACAGCACGCGCUUCACCGGCGGACAGGCGCUGCAGUUUCAAGAUGGAGGAGCAGCUCCCCCCAUGCCGACUAUGCCGGCGCAGUAUGCCGCGUCAAGCAGAGAGGAAGGCAGGAGUCCCUCACGCGAUGGCCGAAGUCCUGAGCCAGGUGUUGGCAGGCUGAAGGUGGACACACGCGCUCUCAAGGACCCCAAUCUACAGGCGGAGAAGUAUGUCCAGAGCGUCCUUGCCGAUGCUACCGAGAGCGAUGUAUACGCCUACCAGAACGAUCUGCAGAACCUCAAGCAGCAUGCCAGUACCGAUCUACAGCAUAAUGUCUACCAGAACCGGACACAGUUCAUCAAGAUCUCGAAGGAGGCGGACAAGCUCAAGUCUGAGAUGCGGACGCUGCGGACACUGAUGGGCGAGCUGACGGGCGCACUUGGUCAGGCUACGAGUGCUGGUGGUGCUGAGCUUCAAAAUGGCAGUUCACUCAGUCUCGCUGAGAGGAAGCGCGCCAAUAGGAGCAGCGUUGCUAACCUCGAGGCAAUGUGGAGCACGCAUUUGCAGGUGCUCUGGAAAAGGGUGGAAGGCUCGCAGAAGUAUUUACCGGCGUUACCAGGCAGGCACAUCAUCGUGGAGAGCCAGCGGUGGGUGGAGCUGAAUGCAGCAACGUGGAAGCCGAGGAGACGGGUGGCGCUUGUGUUGCUCAAUGACCACCUUCUGAUUGCAAGCGAGAAGAAGCGCACGGAUCUUAUGAACGGCACACAGAGCGACAGUAAGAGCAAGCGACAGAGCAUGCAGCAGCCGCAAUCGCAGACCACACUGGUAGCUGAGAGAUGCUGGGCACUCCAGGAUGUAAGCCUCGCAGACAUCAGCUCGUCUGCCUCCGCUAUGCCCGCCGGCACAAAGGAGCACAAGAACAUGGCCAACGCGAUCAACAUCCGCGUUGGCAACGAAAGCUUCACCUACGCCACCUCCGACUCGGGAGAAAAAGCCGGCCUCCUUGUCGCCUUCCGAAAAGCACAAGAAGAUCUGCGGAAACAGAUCGCUGCCGAGCAUGGAGAGCGGGAACGCCAACUUGACGAUGUCGCCCUCCAUACUGGCCGCGAUGCGCGCUCGCUGAAGAAAGCUGCCGCCGAGGCCGCUGCAAACGACAUGCUAGGCGGCGGCCUUUCACGAAGCAACAGUGUCCUGGUCGAUGCCGAAGGUCGUCAGCAAAGCGUACGGCAUGUGGAAGGCCAGAUCGACACCCUUGACAUCGACAUCGCGCUCCAGCGCUUCGAAGACGCCGUAGCUCGCAUUGAGAAACUACGAAAACUUGCGCGCAGCAUCCGAUCAAACGUCACAGCAUCCGACAUCAUCCUCGCCAAAGUCAACACGCGCGCCUCUCGCCUCUCAGCCUCCAUAUCUCGCCAACUCGCUCUCACCUCCGCCGGCACGGAGAGGACGAAACAGAACGUCUCUUGGCUGCUGCGGCUAGGCUUCGAAGAACUCGCACGCUCCACCUAUCUCACCUCUCGAACCGAAACCCUCCGCGCUCGUACCCGACAGCUACCUUUCACCGGGCCCUUACCUCCCUACCUCCACGCGCUAGCGUACACGACCUUCACCCUCCUCCUCCACACCUUCCGCACCUCCGCCACCGCCUUCCCGCCAGCUAGCGGCUCCGCGGUAGUGAAGUGGGCGAAGGAGCAGGUGGACGAGUUCAACAUGAUGCUGGAGCGACAGCUGAGCAGUGUGGAGCAGGGGAGUGUGCUGUGGCAGGAGUGUAUUGAGGUGGUGAAGGGGCAGGCGGGAGUGUUGUCGGAGGUCGGGGUGGAUUUUAGGGGCGUGGUGGCGAGGAAUGUUGCGGGGGAUUUGGCGGUGAAGGAUGGGGCUAGUUGGGGGGAGUGA